UUGGUAAUGUACCACUAAGCUUCUGCGAUAUUUUUUUUUAUAUAUAAAUAUAUCGUCGUCUUCUUCGGUUAGGGGAACCUCUGAGGCAUAAUUCCAUUAGCCAAUCAAUUGUUCUUUUUCACAAUCUGUCCACUCGAACAACACGACGCCGCAUUAAUUUUAGCAUACGGAUUUGGAUCUGCUUUGUAAAUAUUUUACUAGGAUGGGGAGUAAAACGGCGUCGUCCACGACGGCCAGCAGAGAGUGGACGCAGAUCUACGCAAUCUACGGGAUGGAGCAGUGGCAGACGUUAGUGUUUCUGAUGCUUCACGCGAUUUUGUUCUCGGUGUUAUCCGUUCUUUUCCUUGUUUAUUUCGAGCCAAUAUGCGUGAUGUUCAACUCCUAUCUAAGCCUCGGCGCGGCGCGUUUUGCAGCCGGUUUCGGCGGCGCGGUCUUGGCCUUGUCGGCGGUGUGCUUGUUCUUCGCGGCGGGGAAUUUCUUCUACUCCGCCGUGCCUUUGCAUUAUGAAAUGGCGCAGCGCAUGGUCGGGUCGGUCAACCAAUGGUCAACAGUAAAAUUGGCGCUUGAUAUUGGCUGCGGGAGGGGGAUUUUGCUUAACACCGUGGCCACUCAGCUUAAAAAGACUGGGAGUUCGGGUCGGGUCGUCGGGUUGGACCGCAACAAACGAACCAGUCUCUCCACUCUCCGAACAGCUAAGUUAGAAGGUGUACAAGAAUACGUGACAUGCAGGGAAGGCGACGUUAGGAGUCUGCCAUUUGGGGACAAUUAUUUUGACGUGGUGGUAUCCGCCGUGUUCUUCCACACGGUGGGGAAGGAGUACGGCCACCGGACGGUGGAGGCAGCGGCAGAGAGAAUGAGAGUAUUAGGAGAAAUGGUAAGGGUUUUGAAGCCAGGUGGCGUCGGCGUCGUGUGGGACCUACUACACGUACCAGAAUACGUCCGGCGAUUACAAGAAUUGAAAAUGGAAGAUAUUAGAGUUUCCGAGCGCGUGACGGCCUUCAUGGUCAGCAGCCACAUCGUAUCCUUCAGGAAGCCUAGUCAGCAUUUUGCCGGCCCCAGCGAGGUCAGACUAGACUGGAGAAUAUGACGUGGCAAUACAUAAACAAAACCAAACUUAGUCUGGAAAUAAUUAAAAAUGUAUACAUUAAAAAAAAAUCUGGGGAGGCGAAGCCGACCCAGAUGGCUUGAUGAAUGAGAUAUAGUUGUAUUUUGAAGUCCAUGUCUAGUUUCUUUCAGUCCCAGAAAUGAAUUUAUGAAUGAACCCUUUGGUGGUUCAAGUUAGUUCAAAUGUAAUUGAUUAAGAUGAACAAAAAAUUUAUGAGGUUUCGUGACUUCGCUCUACCAAA